AUGUUCUCGGUCAAGCGCUUUGACGCAUUCAGUGCAUCGUCUCCGUCAGGCAGCAAAGACGAUCCCGCAGAUACGGCCAAGCUAGACGCUCUCAACGAGAGGAUCUUGAAGAAGCGCAAACUCGUACAAGGAAACGAAGCGUCAGGCUCAAAUCUUCCUGGGACGAGCACAUCCUCAGCAUCAUCCAAUGCUGCCUCCACUGCAGUACCAGCCCCUUCUGUAGCACGCCCCGCCCUCAAUAUUCACCCUUCUCGGCUAAAUGUAGCGCCCUUGCUACGACAAUCCGUAAAGAAGGCCCAGACCGGACCCAGAGAGAAAACGAAAGCCAAACAGAGAUACCUGAAGGCCAAGAAAGAGCGUCGCAAGGCUAGGAUACGUGCUGCGCCCAAGAAAUCAAAGGCCGACAACGAUGGCUCACAAGCAAGAGCAGACAACUCGAUCGGCUUGCAUUUGCCCGAAGAGGAAGCUUUGCAUCGUCGCGAGGCAGCCCGAAAGAAAAAAACGCAACAUUCGCCGGUAGCGCAAAAAGCUGACUCCGAUUCCUCUUCUCCUUCAAGCUCGGACUCGGAUUCGGAUUCGGAUUCGAAUUCGGACCGACACUCGGAUCAAGAGUCGAGCUCCGACUCUGAGCAAGAUGACGUCGAAUCAGCAUCCCCUUCCACGCCGAAAGCGUCAACAUUAGAAACGGAAACGCUUUCGGCAGAUGUUGAAAUGGACGUCGACGUCGGAGCCCAAAAGGAGGACAAGGCGCUCGAGAGAUUCCCUCUUGCUGGCGUACGCAGGGCUGUUGAUCCCAAGCUGAUCCGCUCGCUUGGUUUGCCAGAAGGUCUUUCGAACCGAACCGUCGUUGAUCCAACCCUGUCUCGCCCUCUUUGGCAGCAAAAGGAAUUGAACAAGCCAGCCAAUCCCGCUAAAGCAUCUUCUCCUCCCCCACUCGACGGCGGCGCUCUCGUCGACCAAGAGAUGGAAGAAGCCUCUCCGGAUGACCAGGAGUCGGUAACCAUCUCAGCUCGCAGCAGUGCCAGUGACGAUUUCAGCAAGGUUGCCUUGAGCGAUAUCGUCCGAUCCCGCCUCGAGGCACUUGGUAUCAGCGAAUGGUUCGCAGUCCAGGUAUCGGUGAUCCCAUGUCUGCUUGCCCAGCCCCAAAGUCGGUCUCUUUACCGCCCUUUCGCUCCGCCGCGCGACCUGUGUGUCUCUGCGCCGACAGGAAGCGGAAAGACGCUUGCUUACAGCGUUCCGAUUGUUGAAGUGUUGCGCACGCGCCAGAUUGUCCGUCUGCGCGCUCUCAUUGUGCUGCCAACACGUGACCUUGUCUCGCAAGUCAGGAGUACUCUAGAGCUUGUGGCCAAGGGAUCUGGACUCCGAAUCGGUACCGCAACGGGCCAACAUAGCUUUGCGCACGAGCAGAAUCAACUUGUCGGAUCGAGCAGCGCUGUCGAUCAAGACCAAGACGAAGCACAGUCAGAGCCCAAGAUCGACAUCCUGAUCGCCACUCCAGGCCGAUUGAUUGAUCAUCUUGAUUCAACGCCCGGCUUCAACCUCGCUCACUUGCGAUUCUUAGUCGUCGAUGAAGCAGAUCGCUUGCUCAACCAGUCCUUCCAAGAAUGGCUCCGCCGGGUUCUUGCUGCAACCAAUGGCAAGACGGAUCAAGCUGAACGUGAACGUGCCUCACAGAAAUCCGGGCCCGCUCAGGCUCCAUUCGAGCUCUUUUCGUCUAGCGCUUCUGGUUUAGGCGCUGCAGCGACGUCGACUUUGCAGGAGGAAGCAGCACCCUCGGUCCAAAAAUUGCUGUUCUCGGCAACCUUGACUCGCGACCCAGCCAAGAUCGCAGCUCUCGGCCUACGCAACCCUCACUACAUCACUGUUCAGGAUACCAACUCGGCUGGAGACGAGGACCAAGGUCGGGCCAAUGGGGUACAGCAGCACGAGCAAUUCUCGCUACCGCACUCGCUGCAUGAGCAUAUGCUUGUUACAACGUCGGCCGACAAACCCUUCCAUCUGCUCUACCUUCUUCACCGGCCCGACGAUGUGAAUAACGAGUUGGGUCGCAUCCGCAAGGCGCUUUGCUUUACCAAAUCAGUCGAUUCAGCUGCCAGGUUGGUCAAGCUGUUGGAGAUUUUUGAAGAGGUCAGGGUCGAAAACAGUCUUAUUGCUCGUGGAAGCCGCGCGUUGGUUGUCAAGAAUUACUCGUCCGAGCUCAAGCCUUCCGAUCGUCAACGGAUCCUCAGCGCUUUCGAGAAAGGUGAGAUCGACUUGCUUGUUUGUUCCGACCUGAUCUCGCGAGGAAUCGACCUUCCUUCAGUCGAGCAUGUGAUCUCUUACGAUGCUCCGAUCGAUCCGGCAAAGUAUGUGCAUCGUGUGGGACGUACUGCGCGCGCAGGUAAGCACGGUGACGCUUGGACUCUCGUCGAGGAGCAGGAGGCUCGUCACUUUAAGAAGACGGUUCGUACCAUCGCUCGUCGAACGCCCAUCGCAAAGAUCAGGCCCAAGAAGCUCAGGGAGAACGAAACCGUUGACUUCGUCGAGGGCGACGCCGUUACGCGCGAGCUGCACAAGCUGAGGGGCGCAUACGAAGACGCUCUUGCAAGAAUGUCUACAUUGUAUCGCAACUAG